AUGCCAAAGUCUAAGAGAAACGUAACCAUAUCCUUAACCAAGGUAAAAAAAAAGCUGAACAAAAAGGAACUGAAGGACCAGAAACUGUCCGACCUUAAAAAUAUUAUUCAAGUCCCAAAUAUUUAUAUCUACAUUUUGGACGUGAGAACAUACUCUAAUAAUAAUUUGAAGGAGGCGAUCGAGUACUUCAAGCCAAACGGGAGGUUCUUCAUUGGGAAGAAUAAGCUCAUGAAAUUGGCCUUAGGAACAAGCGAAAAAAGUGAAGCCAAGCCAAAUGUCUGCAAAGUAGCAGAGCUCCUUGUGGGGAACAGAAUUCUCCUAAUAACGAAAGACGCGCCCCUCAAGGUAUUAAAAUUUUUUAAUGACUUUCAACCUCAAGAGUAUAUAAAGGGCGGAAAUAUUUCCACACAAGAUGUCACCUUAAAAACGGGAGAUGUAUUAAACGUCCCAGUUUCAAUGCAGAAGGAUUUACAAAAAAGGAAAGUAACUUUCGACAUCGUCGAUCAAAAAAUUGUCAUAAGAGAAGAUAAAAUUUUGGCUGAAAAGGAUAAAAUCAUCAGCCCUGAAAAUGCCAAAUUGUUAAGAAUGCUGAAUAGGAAAAUUGCUAACUUUGACAUAACCGUGUUGGGUUAUUGGAACUUGAAUAAAUUCAUUUCCUUGACGUAG